CAAUUGGAUCUUUAACCUAUAAGAAUUAGGGAAAUAAAGCCGACUCAACGUAUUGCGGUUUUCUGCAGAACACUGAAUUUAUUAAAUAAACUGUAUUUACACAAAAUAUGGCUCAAAACGGGGAUCUAAUAAAGCAAGCGAUGUUCGAAGAACUUCAGAAAAUAUUGAAUCCGGACGGUGAAAUACGAAAACAAGCAGAGGGAAGAUUGGCACAGCUGAAGUACACAGAAGGGUAUGGUAUUUAUCUGGCAGAAAUUACUAUCAACCAAAACAUUGAUCUCUCUCUGCGCCAACUUGCGUCGGUCAUGUUAAAGCAAUAUGUUGAAGAUUGUUGGUCCGCAAACGAAAAUGACAAUCUCGAAGAAGGCACGUUGGUUGUAAAUAACGAGGCAAAAAUUGCUAUCAAGACCAUUCUUCCGCAGGGGUUAUAUGAUCCAAACAGCAAGAUUCGUAGCGUUGUAGCAUACUCCAUAUCCACAAUCGCAUCGUACGAUUGGCCAAAUGAUUGGCAUGAACUUUUCGACAUUAUUGUGAAAUGUUUGAGUGGAAAUGAAAACUCCGUCCAUGGUGCUAUGAAAGUGUUGGUCGAAUUUACUUUAGACUUGGACAAGCAAAUCGUCGAAGUUGGGCCCAUGAUUCUGUCUGAGGUCUAUAGGAUCUUCGAGGCUCAGGCUGUUUAUAGCGUUUCUACACGAAGCUACGCUAUGAAAAUCCUCAUUUCACUACUGAAAAGCAUCAACGCGCAUAUUGAGUCCAAACAAGAUCAGACAAACAUUAUCAAUGCAACUUUACCCGCAUUUAUACAAAAAAUGAUUGAAGGACUCACUGUGCCGAAUGGGCCGCACAGUAGCUUCCAACUUAAGACAGAGAUUGUCAAAGUUUUUAUGUAUCUAGUGUCUGAUAUGCCUAAAUUCGCCAAUCAAUAUCUAUCCGCGAUCUUACCACCAAUUUGGCAGCUUCUGACUCAAAUGGCCGAUAUUUACAUAAAGAUAAUUGUUAACGAAACAGAACAGUCGCCUUUUGCAAACAACGCCGAAUGUGAUGAAAACGAAGACUUCACUACCAUGAUACUGCAAAUAUUUGAAUUUUUACACACCAUUAUCGAAAUGAAAAAGUACAAAGUUGCAAUCAUUAAUGUUCUCACCGAUUUGAUCUACAUUCUCAUUUUGUACAUGCAAAUAACCGAGGGACAAGUUCAAAGUUGGUACGACGAUCCGGAAAAAUUUGUCGAAGACGAAGACGAACAAACUGCCGAUUUUUCAAUACGCACAACAGCUCACGAAGUACUGCUGAUGAUUGGUCAGGAAUAUGAGCAGACGGUAUUGCCUUGUCUGUCGGAAGCACUUGGAAAGCAUAUUGUGGUUGCCGACGCCGAUCGCAAUACUGGACACAACUGGUGGAAAUUACACGAAGCAUCUAUGCUAGCGGUCGGUUCAUUGAAGGAAUUGAUUGUCGAAAACAAGGACAAGUUCGAUCUUACCCAGUACAUGAAUCUGGUGAACAAUAUCAUGGAGUAUCAGGUAUCACCAUAUCUGUUAGGACGCUGUCUGUGGAUUAUGAGCCGUUACUGUGAUUGCAAUAUAUGUGACCAACAAAUUCUGCAACGAGUAAUAGGUAUGACAAUCAACAGUAUGUCCGUGGAGAAACCAACGGUAUUAAAAAUCUUAGCUGCAAGGGCAAUUUACGGGUUUUGCACAAAUUUGCGAGAAUGUAAUGAUGAGCGGAAGGGAUUUCUGGUUACCAAAUUGGAACAAUUCUUCGAGUCACUGAUGCUCCUGUUCAAUCAGUCACAGAAUACCGUUCAAGGGCUACUACUGGAAACUCUAACCGCAAUCAUCUCGUGUGAUACCAAUGUGACAGCUUCCAUCUCGAGCAAAGUGGUGUCGCUUACAAUUGCAGUUUUUCUCAAGUACCAUGACGACCGUUUCUUAUUGGAAUUAGUGCAGGGUAUUUUAAAAAUCCUCUCACAAAACCCUUUUUGCCUUAUACCAUUGCAAGAGAAAAUAAUACCUACCAUAGUGAGCAUUCUAAAUUCCCAAGGAGAACAAACAUCCACAAUGCAAGAUAUCGCGUUAGAUGUAUUGACAACGGUCGUUAAGCAUUCUCAUGGACCACUAAGCAGCAGCAUGAUCGAUAAUGCCUUCCCGGCAGCAGUUCACUGUAUUCUUCGAACGGAGGAUCACUCAGUCAUGCAAUCCGGAGGAGAAUGUUUAAGGGCAUUCCUCACGGUUGAUCCAGAACAAGUUUGUGGGUAUAAAAAUGGUAAAGGACUAAACUAUAUUAUGGAAGUGACUACCAUGUUGCUUAAUCCCAUGAACACCGAAUCCUCAGCUGCCUUCAUUGGUAGAUUGGUGAUAACAAUCAUUACAAAAGUUGGAAAUUUACUUGGUGAAAAUGUCGAUUUACUGCUGAAGGCAGUCAUAAGCAAAAUGCAGCUGGUGACAUCUCUGAAUGUUAUCAUGAGUUUGGUAAUGAUUUUCGCUCAUUUGAUCAUGGUUCAAAUAGACGCGGUACUAAAUUUCUUGAGCACUGUUCCUGGCCCCACGGGCGAACCAGCCAUGACUUUUGUGUUUGCUAACUGGCUCAGUCGACAGCAUUUAUUCUACGGUUCAUACGAGCGGAAAGUGAGUAUAAUGGCACUUUGCAAACUUUUUGAAUACGGUGUAACAACAAAGGAUGAGAGAUUAAACUCCGUGAUGAUAAAAGAACCAGUUAUUAAUUCCCAUCAAGGAAGAAAGACACGGUCUUCAAAAAUCCCUCAAGAAUGGGUGGACGUGCCGAUUUUACUGAAAAUUUUCAAACUCCUCUUGAACGAACUGUCCAAUUUAAAGGAAGCAAAGGAAGCUCUCGAGAAUAAAGAUGAGUCUGAAAGCACGGAUAGUGAGACUGAAGUCAGUCCGGGAAAUGUUCUCUCGACUAUGAUGUUGUUUGAUGAUGAUGAAGAAGAUGAGGACGACCAACAGAUGAUGCAAGAACUAAUGCAAAAUCCUAUUUUCCAAUCCGAUAUGCAAGAAUAUCUGAUCAAAUUCGUGCAAAGUUUUAGUCAAGAUGAGCAUUUUCGGGUGUUCUUGGAGAAGCUGGAGGACACUGAAAAAAAUAUUAUGGAAAGCUUCGGAAUAGGCGUGGCUUAAACUUAUACUUAUCAUUAAAAACCUCUAUAAAGCAUUUAUAAAAAUGAAACCGCUAUGAAUAUUAAACUGAAGUUUAUUUUUGUAUGUUGUUUUGUAAUAGUUGUAUUGAAAAAUAAAGUUGGAAGCUGAAUAUUGUUUAUG